AUGAACGGCGGCUAUAUGGGAGUGGCGAGACAAAACGGUGGAUAUGGAUACUCGUAUCGAUCUUACAUUGAGCGACAAUCAAGACGAUAUCCGGUAAUGAUCUACACAUUGGUUCAAUGCGUUCCGUGUAAUCGAGCGAAACAUCUUCUAGCUACAACAUAUCCCGAUGUACCGUCGCAUUACUUGGAACUCGUCGGUGUCGAAGACUGGCAGCGUCAGCUUCAAGCGGACCUUCAUCAGAUGACUGGACAAGUUACUUUUCCCUACAUUUUUGUAUGUGGUGACUUUAUUGGAGGUGCGUCAAACCUCUUCGAAAUGCACAAAUCAGGUCAACUGCGCCAAGUCCUAAACAAUUGUAUGCCAAGGCAA